CAAGUCGUAGAUAAGAGCACGAGAACAACCCUCCCGUGGGCAGGAUUUACUCCCAACCUCUCAGCGUGACAGUGUGUAUUUCUUUCCACGGGACCGUGGGUCACACUGCUCUGUCACCGGAUCGACUAUACUUAGUUUGCGGACACAAAACUCCACUUUUUAAGAAACUGACGCGGAUGGGAAAUGAUGAUGGCCUCUCAGUCAACAUCAAAAGCAGGAUCUGCUCCGCCGUCUGACUCGGCGCUCUCCUGUCGGGGCGGCAUCGAGACCUUGAACUUGAAGGUGGGGCCGGUGCGGCGGAACCUCUUCGGGCCCGUGGACCACCAGCAGCUGAAGCAGGACUUCCAGAAAUUGCUCUGCAUGAGUGUGGAGGUGGCCAACAAGCGGUGGAACUUUGAUUUCCAGACCGACAUGCCGGGAGAAGGUUCAAAUAUUGAGUGGGAAGAGGUUCAGAGGCAGAAUGUGCCGGCAUUCUACCAAAGCUGCAUGGUGAGGCCUGCAGUGCGGCCUGCAGUGCGGCCUGCGGUGCGGCCUGUAGUGCGGCAUGGGCUCAGGGCGAAGAAAGGCAUUAGUUGGACGUCGUUUUCAUCCGGCGAGGCUUCUCCAAUGUCCAGCAGCUCGUCUGGAUCUGGGUCUGGGGACGAGUACGUGGAGGUGGCCACUAGGGGGUGCUUCACGCUGAGACAGCCAGGGAAACGCAGACAGUCUGCCAUCACAGAUUUCUUCAAAGUGAAGAAGACGAAGCUUCUGCAUUACAAAUCGUCUUCAUCUUCCCGACGGUAGAAAAGUACAAGACCUCGUGGAGGAUCAGUGGUGUCCACCCCUCCACAUCACCUCACAUUGAUAUGUGUCAUAUCAUAUGUAUAUAUGUAGCAAUUUGUAACUGACUGUCCACAAGCUCAUUCAGCAUGGGCUCGAAAAAUUCCUCCAACACCAUAUACCUUAAAUGUCCAGCACAAGAAAGCUACACUUUGUAGCUUAACAAGCUCAGACUCUACAAAAUGUUUUUUUGUGGUUAAUUAUAUUAUCUAUACUGUAUAUAUUCUACAUACUGUUUUACUCAGAUGAUUAUACUGUGAAAUCAUUUUAAAUGCACUCUAUCAGGUAAUAACGGAAAACUCAAGUCUGGGAUAGUAUUUGACCUCAGUCCUCAAACUGUUUACUCCCUCUUGCUAAAAGUCAUACGAGGUUUUAAUUAGAUAUGUUACUAUUCCCGACCUCACAUCACACUCAGCCUUUAGUCUCACCCCCCCCCCCCCCCGAGUUGGGCCUGAGGUCAAAACCUCAAACAUGGUUCAAAAUUUCUGGCAGUGUGACUGUGAUUAGUGCCAGGUUAAAGGUCAACGGUGGAGGUUUGCCGAUGAGGCAAUACAGUCAUACCUUUGCAAUAGUGACUACAAUUCUGAGUAAUAAUAGUAUAUGUGCCAGAUGUGACUGUUUAUUUAUUAUUCACGGUGCUAGCUCAUUGUCUAUAAAAAAAAGAAAAAAAAAAAGAUAAAAGGUAAGAUAAGGUGUUUGCGGUAACCUGUGCCGCAGGCCCCAAUUUAUGCCUAAGACUUAAAGUCAAUGUGGCCCACACACUCCACCGUUGCCACUUAAAUUUUAAGGCCAUAAAUAAUAUUUUUACACCACCACACAGCGGCAAACUUGAUUUCCUUUUUUUUGUAUCAUUUGCAUAAUGGGGUUGUAAAAAUGUAUUUUUUGGCAGCAGACUAGAACAUGCCUUAUUCAGUUUUGUUUUUCAGCUUUAUGUUUUUUUGUUUUUUUAUUAUCAGUAUAGCAUUUUUGCCUGUAGGUUUUGAAUGCGUCUCUACUCUCCAUGAAGGGAAUGUAGCGUUUAUCUCAUGCUGUUGCAGCUUGAAGCACUCGAAGUGUUUGGUUCUGCUUUCGGCUAUUUUUUGUUUCUACAAGCAGUUGAGCUGCAUCACAUUUUCUCUUUCUCCUAUUUCUCGCGUCGUGUCUGUACACACGGCGCCUGUGAAUGAAAGUGUCACUGUGGUUUUGUUUUGAGGUUUUCGCCCGUUGUAAAAGUUGUGGCAGCUGAGGCAGUUGAACCAAAGAGAAAUUGCUAUGCCCGUUCACUCAGAAACAUAUCAUUUGCCCAAGUGGCAUGCGUGGACGCACUCAAACAUCAGGAUUUUACAAAAAACUCUGGCCCCCGACUAUUUGGUCAAUAGAGAGUGCUGACUUUUCUCUCUCUACCUACAAUCAUUAUAGUCUCUAUUUGAAUAAAGCCAUAGCCCUAAUUAAUCUACCCCAUACUACUACCUCAUUAUGUGAUUUAGUGACUCAGAUAAGGCUCUUUAAAAAAGAAAUAAACAAACAAAAACCAAUGUAGAUUGGGUUGUUUAUGUCUUCAGAGUUCAGACACGAGAGAGAGAAGUGAUUAUUGUGUUGUGGUAAAAGCUGUGGAGGGCCACGCUGCGUGUAGAGUUUCACAUCAGGUGAAAGAGUCAGUGUGUCAGAGUGAGGCUCCACUCUGUGCAGAGGAAACUGCUCCCUCUCAGGGAGUGGGGCGCCACUCUCUCUCCCUCACUGCCUCACUCUGCUUUGAAAAAAACGAACCUUAUACAGAGAGAACAUUUUGGACCCCGGACGUCUGGAUCAAACGACGUCUCCGGUCCAGACCAGUGCCCCUGUGACUUGGACAAGCUUUUGUCUGGCCGACUUAAAAGUCUCACAGCCUCUCUUUCAUGAGCCACCCGCCUCAGUCUCCGCAAGAAAUCGUCUUGAAAGUAGUCGCGCAUAAUCAUGUUAACACAGUGUUGGCUUUCUUCAUGGCUCUACAUGGCUAGAUUGAGUAUAGCAACACGUGGCAGUUUGACACACUUUUCAAAUCAGGAGUAUUUGUUCCGUCUGUCAGCAUUUCUAUGUGUGUGUGUGUGUGUGUGAGAGAGAAAUAGUGUUUGUGUGCAGUGUUUCAAACUUUCAAAGUCUAUAUUAACUUAAAUCUUAACUUAUAUCUUUGUUUUGUGGGUAAAGAAUUACAAAUUCCCUGUCUUUUUUUUUUUUUUGGCAAAACAAACUAAUUGUGUUAUUUGUGAAACUAUAUCUUUGCACUACUUUUACGUUGUUGACAAGAAAACUAUUUUUUUAAGGUAAUCUUCAAUAAAACCUACAAAUAUUCACUGAGAAUCUGAGGCACAGAUGGUUGACUUUUUUUUCCAACCACAGUUGGACACAGAUCCUAACAUGUUUUCUUUUUGUUUUGCCGUGUAAAAGAUAAAAAAAAAAACAGGAAAAUUCUAAAGUAACAGCUAAGACAGAUGUGUCUUACUGUACCCAAGCAAACUUUGCUGUCCUUAUUCACGUGUUGCAGCUAUAUCAAAACGUAGUGUUGUCCAUUACUUUGUAUAUGCAUGUACAGUAAUCUUUGUAUACAUUUGUAAUAAUGAUUUUGUAAUUUAAUACAGAUUUUUUUUUUUCAUGUAAGAGUUCAGAAUCAUAUUCUUUUUGAUAUGAAUAUUUGUAUAGUAAAUGAUAAGAGAUUCCAUUGAUGGGUUGCUGGUGCACUAUUGCCUUUCAUAUCGAGUGCUGAAAAUAAUAAAAUGUUUAAUGACAAAACAAAGAAACCUCAAAA